AUGGCCCUCAGUAUCCGGCAGAAGAGGGUGCGAAGAAUCUCCGGAGACCCAGUCCAUGGGGUUGUGGUGCAAGGCCCUGUGGAUGGUCUGGCUACUGGCACCCCACUCUAUAGUGUGGCGGUGCAAGGCACUAUAGAUGGAAGGACUACUUGUAGACCAAGGGGUUGGAGGUUUGGUACCUGGAAUGUAGGCACGUUGACAGGAAGAAGUUUGGAAGUGGUGGAGGAGCUGCAGAGGAGAAUGGUUGACGUGGCUGCAUUACAGGAGAUCAGAUGGAAGGGUGAGGGUACAAGGUUUGUGGGGGCUAAAGGUGGAAGAUAUAAGUUGUGGUGGAAGGGGGAUGAUGGUACGGGAGGAGUUGGUGUGAUGAUAAGAGAAGAAGAGUUGGUGGAGAAGGUGUUGGAAGAAGGAAAGGAGAAGGAUAGGUUUUAUGAUGAUGUUUCUGACGAGAUUGGGCAAGCGGGGUUGAAUGAGUUUGUGGUGUUGUUGGGUGAUUUUAAUGGUCAUGUGGGGGCGGAUGCAGACGGAUAUGAAGGUGUACAUGGGGGAUGGGGAUAUGGUAUACGGAAUGAGGAAGGGCGUAGAGUGUUGGAGUUAGCGGAUGCACAUAGCAUGGUGGUGGGGAAUACUUGGUUCACAAGGGAACCAGCGCGAUUGAUUACUUAUAGGUCAGGGGAACAUAGAUCGAUGAUAGACUAUAUAUUGGUAAGGGCCAAACAUAGGAAGUAUGUGAAGAAUGUGAAGGCGAUACCUGGUAUGUUGCAGCAUAGUAUGGUUGUGAUGGAUGUGACAUCAAAAGAAAUGGGGAGGAGGAAGAAGGGCAAAUUGAAAACAUUUACGAAACUCAAAAAAUUAUUUACCUUUACUGUUGAGUUCACUAAUGUUCACAUUUAUAACUUCAAAUUUGUGAAUCCUGGCUAA